ACUCCAACGUACUCUCACUAUCAUUUCCUCUCAUGGCUAUGCAACCACCUUCUUCUACUUCUUCCUCCGGCCUCUCUAAUAAUUUCAGCUAUGACGUGUUCAUUAGUUUCAGGGGUACCGACACUCGACACGGUUUCACCGGUAAUCUCUAUAAAGCUCUUUGUGACAAAGGAAUCCGAACCUUCAUUGAUGACAAGGAGCUUCAGAGAGGUGACGAAAUCACAUCUUCGCUCCACAAGAAAAUUGAAGACUCGAGGAUUUCUGUUAUUGUAUUCUCAGAGAACUAUGCUACUUCUUCAUUUUGUUUGGACGAACUUGUCCACAUCACUCAUUGCUCCAAGGAAAAAGGUCGCCUUGUUCUACCUGUUUUCUAUGGCGUUGAACCUUCUCACUUGCGACAUCUGAACAACAACAGUUAUGGUGAAGCGCUUGCUAAGCAUGAAGAGAGGUUUCAAAAUAACAAGGAAAACAUGGAGCGGUUGCAGAAAUGGAAGAUAGCUCUUAACCAAGCUGCUAACUUAUCUGGCUAUCAUUAUAGUCCUUCUGAAUAUGAAUACAAGUUUAUUGAGAAGAUAGUUGAAGACAUCUCAAACAAGACGAAUCGUGAUUUUUUACAUGUUGCCAAACACCCUGUUGGAUUACAUACCCAAAUACAACAAGUAAAAUUGCUUCUUGACAAGGGAUCUAAGGAAGAGGUCCACAUGGUAGGACUUCAUGGAGCUGGAGGCAUGGGUAAAUCAACACUUGCAAAAGCAAUUUUUAAUUUCAUUGCUGAUCAGUUUGAAGGUUCAUAUUUUCUAGAAGAUGUGAAAGAGAAUUCAACUUUAAAUAACUUGAAACACCUGCAGGAAAAGAUCCUUAUGAAAACGGUUAGAUUAGACGAUAAGUUAGGAGGUGUUAGUGAGGGGAUUACAAAGAUAAAAAAAAUGCUAUGUCAAAAGAAGAUUCUUUUGAUUCUUGAUGAUGUUGACAAACUAGAGCAGCUAGAGGCUUUGGCUGGAGGACUUGAUUGGUUUGGUGGUGGAAGUAGAGUCAUCAUUACGACUCGAAACAGACAGUUACUAACCUAUCAUGGGAUAGAAAGAUUGCAUCACGUAAGCGGUCUAUAUGACGAAGAAGCUCAUAAAUUGUUGAGGUUGAUGGCAUUUAAAAAUGGUGAAGUUCCUUCAAGUUAUGAAGGCAUUUUUAAUCGUGCACUUACUUAUGUUUCUGGCCUUCCAUUAGCUAUAGUAACAAUAGGGUCCAAUUUGUUUGGAAGGAGUGUAGAAGAUUGGGAACGUAUAUUAGAUGAGUAUGAAAAGAUUCCCAAUAAAGAGAUCCAAAGGAUACUUAAAGUCAGCUAUGAUGCUCUGGAGGAAAAGGAGAAGAGUGUCUUUCUAGACAUUGCUUGUUGCUUCAAAGGGUGUAAAUGGACAAAGGUCAAAGAUAUACUUCAUGCCCAUUAUGGCCAUUGCAUAAAACAUCAUGUUGAAGUGUUGGCCGAAAAAUCUCUCAUUAACCACCGGGAAAAUGAUAGUUAUAUGAGAUUACAUGACUUGAUAGAGGAUAUGGGUAGAGAAGUUGUCCGACAAGAAUCACCCGACAAUCCUGGGGAACGCAGUAGGUUGUGGUUUCACGAUGAUAUAGUUCAAGUUCUAAAAGAAAAUAUCGGAACUUGGAAAAUUGAAAUGAUAUAUUUGAAGUGUCCCUCAGUGGAAAAUGUAAUAAAGUGGAGUGGAAAGGCCUUCACGAAGAUGAAAAAUCUCAAAACAUUUAUCAUUGAAAAUGGCCAUUUUUCUAAAGGUCCCAAUUAUCUUCCAAGUAGUUUGAGAUUUUGGAAAUGGAAAGGAUAUCCUUCAGCAUCUCUAUUAUGUGUUUUGAACAAGACGUUCGAGAAGAUGAAAAUUUUGAAAAUUGAUAAUUGUGAAUACUUAACAAAUAUACCCGACGUCUCGUGUCUCCCAAAUUUAGAAAAAAUUUCAUUCAAAAAUUGCAAGAGUUUAGUUACAAUUCAUGAUUCUAUUGGGUUCCUAAGUCAACUUCAAAUCUUGAAUGCUGCGGAUUGUAACAAGCUAUUGAGUUUUCCUCCCUUAAAGUUGAAAUCUCUUCGUAAGUUGAAACUUUCCGGUUGUACAAGUCUCAAGAAAUUUCCAGAAAUAUUGGGCAAGAUGGAAAAUAUCAAGAAGAUUAUUUUGAGAAAAACUGGCAUAGAAGAAUUGCCCUUUUCAUUUAAUAAUCUUACUAGACUCACUGAUUUAACUAUAGAGGGAUGUGGAAUACUUAAGUUGCCAACUAGCAUUCUCAUGAUGUCAAAUUUGUUCGAAGUUACGGUUUCGGGUUAUACUCAGUUAUUAUCAAAACCUGAUGAUAAAUUGAGUUCCACGUUGUCCGCAAAUGUGAAUGUUCUUUGCCUUAAUGCAAGCAAUGAUGAAUUUCUAACAAUAGCUCUGAUGUGGUUUUCGAAUGUUGAAACCUUACACCUGUCGGGUAGCAAUAUUAAAAUUCUUCCUGAAAGCCUAAAAAACUGCCUCUCUAUUAAGUGCAUUGAUUUGUAUGGUUGUGGAACUCUAGAAGAAAUUAGAGGAAUUCCGCCAAAUCUAGAAGCAUUGUCUGCAUUGCGGUGCAAAUCACUAACUUCAUCAAGUAAAAGAAUGCUAAUGAGUCAGGAGCUGCAUGAGUCUGGAAGCAUCGAGUGUUGUUUUCCAUCAAUACUAAAUGAGAGAAUUCCAGAGUGGUUUGAGCACCAAACAAACAAAUCAAUUUCUUUUUCGUUCCGUAACAACCUCCCUUCCUUAGUUUUCUUAUUUUCUUCAAAACUGGUUAGCGACAUGUACCCUUCUAUAAGAGUCUAUUUGAUUAUCAAUGAUAAUGUAUAUAACUCUAGAAUUGGUUUGGUACCGGGUCAUACAUAUCUAUUUCCUUUUAAAGUGCAAGACUGGUACUUAGAAGAAUACCAAAAAUUGAAAUCUAUGCUGGACGAAGCACUUUUGAAAAAUGAAUGGAUUCAUGCUGAAGUUAGGUUUUGCGAUUGGGGAAAAGAGUAUGUUGUAGAAAGUGGAAUCCACGUAAUCAAACAUUUGACUAACAUGGAUGAUUUUCAAUUCACUGAUUCUUUGUUACGCAAAAAUAAAAUAUCAGAUGAAUAUCUCAAGAGCUCACGGUCAGUUAUGAAAUUACUGAAUGAUGAAGACAUAUCAGCAACACCUCCCAGAUACCGAGUCUUAAAGACAAUGAUCAGUCAACCUCCAUAUGUGGUAACUUCUUCUGAAAAAGACCUCAACUUCUGUGCAAUCAUGUGAACUUCCAUGUAAGAAAAUAAGCAAGAGUUGGUAAAUAUUUUGAUACCCAAACAUGGUUAAUUACUAUCUCUUAUCAAUGAUGUGAACUUUCAUUUCAGAAAAUUGGAUGCUUAGUUCAUGUUUUAAAUAUUUCAAUUCAUGUGUUUGGUUAUUCAUUACAAUAACAUUACAUUAUGGUAUUCCAAUUAAUGUAUGUAGUAUUUCAAACCAAGUUUAGCUUCAUUAAUGCUUAUCUCAUUUAAAUUUAUAUCCAACCAACACAAUACUUGAUGCUAGAAACAGCGGCAUCAUAGGAAUACAUUCAAUGUGAGGGGGUUGAAAUUCUCUACUCUAUUUUUUACUUGAACUUAUUUAGUUGGAGCCU